AUGUCUUCCGAGCAAAUCCCCACCCCCGCCGAGACCGCCGAGCGCGAGCACGAGGAGAAAGAGCGCAAGGCCAGAGAAGCCGCCGAGCAGGCCCAGCUGCCCUACAAAUGGACGCAGAGCAUCCGCGACGUGGACGUGACGAUCCCCGUCGCGGGGACGAUCAAGGGUCGUGAUCUGGACGUGGUUCUCACCAAGACGAAGCUGAAGGUUGCGAUUAAGGGGCAGGAGGCGUUUAUCGAGGGCGACCUCCCCCACCCGAUCAUCGUGGACGAAUCCUCGUGGACGCUGGAGACGACGUCUAAACCCCCCGGCAAGGAAGUCGCGGUGCAUCUGGAUAAGGUUAAUAAGAUGGAGUGGUGGCCGCAUGUGGUGACGGGCGCGCCCAAGAUUGACGUCACGAAGAUCACGCCGGAGAAUUCGUCGCUGAGCGAUCUGGAUGGGGAGACGCGCGCGAUGGUCGAGAAGAUGAUGUACGAUCAGCGGCAGAAGGAGACGGGUGGGUUGUCGAGCGAGGAGCAGCGGAAGAGGGAUAUUCUGAAGCAGUUCCAGGCGGAGCAUCCAGAAAUGGACUUUUCCAAUGCGCAGAUCGGAUAG